CAGGUUCAACUAUUUAUUUUCUACAUUGGAAAAUACAUUAUUAUUGUGAUUGAGGUAUAUUUUUACUAGGCGUCUUCCACCACUUUUGGCAUAGUUUGUAACGGGAUCCAAAGAAAUCGUGAACAGACAUCUAUUCGAGCCAAUGAAACCGCUUGUUUUCUGCGGUUUGUGGAACCCAAAUCCAGGCCUGCCUACAGUAGCAUAAUGUCAUCAGCUCAGAGACGGAAAAGGAAGCGUCCCCCCCUAGUUAAAUGAAAGUCAAUCAACUAAGAAGACCAGACCCAUCUGCUAUUGCAUUGGUGUCAGUUAAGUAGACCUGAACUUACAAUUUAUGUUCAAUGGUAAACGGACAGAGUGAACAAUCUUAAUUUAUCUGCCAUCUUUGAUCAGUUGUCAAGACACUUAAACUACACACGUGUGUCGCUAACACUACGAACAUAUACUUCAGUUCGUUGAAGAGAGAUGGCGCUAAUUGGAGUGCAGCUGGUGGUCAGCUUGCUGGCUGCUAGCAUCAUGCAGAGAAUGACUCCACACUGUUCUUUUGCCCGCUGGCUUCUAUGCAAUGGCAGUCUAUUCCGGUUCAAACACCCCUCUGAAGGAGAGCUGUGUGCCCUGGCAGGCAAACAGAUGCCCAGCAAGCCCAGCAGGAGAGACAGGAGACAGAAUGGGGACAGCAAGCCUCUCACAGUGCCGAAGGACAUCGACCUUAACUUAGAAAAAGCUCCAAUUGGUGUCCUUGAUGCCCUUGUACUACGACUCUUCCUGGAGUACCAGUGGUUGAUUGACUUUGCAGUGUAUGCGAUGGGCAUCUACCUUUUCACUGAGGGCUACUUCUGUGUAGUCGACCCUGCCAUGGAGGUCCACAUUGGGGCCUUCUGGUGUGUGCUGACUGUUCUCUGCUGCCUGAAAACCCUCCACUCCCUGAUGGGCCACUAUUUCCGGUCUGACGAGGGGGGUGAGCGUUCAGUGUGCUUGGCCUUUGGUUUCCUAUCUCUGCUGGUGGCCAUGUUGGUGCUAGUGGUCAGAGAAGACUACCUGGAGUUUGGCCUGGAGCCUGGUUUUAACAGUCUUUUUGACAACCUUGAAGUUUUUGCAAAACAGCAAGGCUUUGCUGAGUGGUCAGUCCCGGUGACCAAGCUGACUGUAAAGUUGGGUCUGGCUGCCAUCUGUGCUUUUAUUGGUGCUUUGCUGGCCUUCCCUGGUCUCCGCCUAGCCCAGACCCACCUGGACGCAGUUCAGAUGAACUCAGACCGCCCAUUCAUCCAGAUUCUGUUGCACAUUAGUUUUCUGGCUCCAGUGGUGGUGAUCGUGUUGUGGAUCAAACCCAUUGCUAGGGACUUCCUGGGGAACGCUCCCAUGGGGAAGACCUCGGUCACGCUUAUGUCAAGCGCGAUGUUUGACAGUGUUCGUCUGUGGACGGUGGUGGUGCUGUGCUGCCUGAGGCUGGCCCUGACCCGCUACCACAUGCAGGCCUACCUCAACCUGUCCCAGAAGUGGGUGGACCAGAUGAAGAAGGAGGCAGGACGCAUCGCUGCCAUCGACAUUCAGAGGAAGGUGACCCGAGUGUUCUGCUACCUGACCAUAGUCACCCUGCAGUACGUGAUCCCUGUUCUACUCCUCCUCUUCUCUACCCUGGCUCUGAAGGUCCUGGGUGACUUCUCAUGGAGUGGUGUGGAGCAGGCUCCGGGGGUGACUCCUGCUCUGGUAAUGCCAACGGUCACUCCCGUCCUGCCAGGGCUGGAGGAGGACGAGGAUGGGGUGGAGUACAUGGAGGAGGACAUCCAGGCCACGGUGGCUCGUCUGACAGAGGGCUUCUCAGCCCUGCGCUCCGUCCUCACCCCACUCUUCUUCAGAGGCCUCUUUGCCUUCCUUACCUGGUGGGUGGCCGCCUGCCAGGUCAUCAGCAGCCUGUUUGGCAUCUACUUCCACCAGUACCUCAUGCAGAACUGAGGAAGAAUACACAGAACUACACUAUCCACAAUACCUAGCUAACACAAGCCCAGUGUGAUGUAGGCAGGUAAAACUGUUUAACACAACAGAGGGACAGGAUGGGUACUCUUGUCUUACUGUAACUAAGGUGUCACGGAUGUAAAAAUAAGAAAAAAAGACAUGAGGCUUUCUUCUGACACACUACUACUUUGUUGUCCUGUGGGACACAGAUGAUGUUGCCUGUGACUGCCUGGGGACUAUGAUGGAGAUGCAGUAUAAUGGGGACUGAACUCUGUCCCUUGCUACUUAACACAUUUCUCUUAUGCCAGUGUUAACCUUAUUCAUUUUUCAUCACACAAUAUUGUUAAAUGCUGCAAAUGAGACUUUACUAUUAGGAAAAGGGUACCACUACACUACAGCCUAGUUUGCUAUUAGACCGAUUCAGAAGCUCUUGAUGCUUUUUAAAAUUGUCGUCCUAUAGUUCUGCUAAUACCGUACCGAUUGUCAUGAACCCAUGGAGUUCAGUCUAUGUAGCAGUCAUCACCACUUGUGUAUGGAUUGAUCAAACUCGGGCCUCGCCUGUUCAUUCUCCUUAAUCAUUUAUACCCACCUUUUAAAACGAAGCACAGGAUCAGUUACUGUUUAUUUAAUGAAGGGAUUCAAAGAGGAAUUCCAAGUGCCUGGAAACUCAGGGAUUUUAAGUCAAUGAUUUGAUCUUCUCUUUUCAUUAAAUGUUUUUUUUUCUCUGUAAAAUGGUAGACUGGUGAUAGACAUUUAUCUGUAUCAUUUGAUAACACUCCAGCCAAGACUGGAUUUGGCCAAAUGUACCUGUUAUCAACCAUCUUUCAGUCUUAGCAAAGUUUGUUAGUUGUUUGAACAAGGCACUUUGUCUUUUAUUGCUGCCAAACUAUAAUUUACAGAUGUAGGCUUAGAACAAAUCUCGCUUAACUUAAACCUAGGUCUGAAAUGCGUUGCUGAUUGUAGUGUCAACGGUUUGUUUUUUAAUGUAUUUAUUUCUACUCUCUUGCCCCUGGUCAUAUUGUGUUGGAAAGGUACAGGUGUCGUGCUGCUGUACGUUUGGGUCAUGGUUUAUGGCACGUGAUUUAUUUGAUUGAAUGUUCGCUAAUCAUUUCACGGUGUGUGUGGUUUGUAUGAAGAUGCUGUUUUUACAAUUAAGAGACUUCUGAAUGCAUGGCGUUAACUUUAAUUGUGUGCAAGUGUUUUUAUUUGGUUGUGUGGCUUAAUAAAACAAUAAUUGAAUAUU